AUGAAGUCCAUGAUUUCAAGUAUAAUCCUAUCUCUUUCCUGCGUGGUAACUGCAACAAUUUGGCAGAAUGAUCAAGUCCGCAUCACAAAUUAUCCAGACACGAAGAUAGAACUCAACGACCAUGACUUCACUGAUUACCCUCCCAGCGCGCCAGAACUCUCCUAUAAAGGACGAUGGGAUAGUAAAUAUGUUUCUUGGUGGUCAGCACCCGGGCUCAAAUUUGGAUUUACGGGAGAAGAAGUCGCCAUUACAUUUGGGCCUUUGACUUCGGACACUGUUUUGAUUGGAUAUCGAGUGAAUGGUCAGGAUUGGCAGCUCACAAACAUCACUACAAAUGCCACGCAUCUACUAGUUAGUCCAAAAUCUCCUGCGAUUGAUGUCGGCUGGCCUAUAAACCCAUCAACUUUUGAGCUCAGAGUCACAAAUUGGGCGUAUGGUGUCCAGAUCUCCGCCGUCCACUUGAGUAAAGGUGAAAGCCUGAUUAAGGUUCCUAAAUCUUCAAGGACUAUCGAAUUCAUUGGAGAUUCUCUUUCUUCGGGUUACACAGCUACCCUAGAAGGGCUUUCGAGCUUUGCGUAUGGUAUGGGAGCCGGUCUUGGAAACACUGAGUAUUCCAUCACAGCAUAUCCGGGAAUUUGUUUGGUCGACCAAUUGUGUUGGGGCAAUACUAGAGGAAUGUUUCACCAGUGGUACUAUACUUCUGAUACUAGUCCUCGUGCCACUCAAAUAUGGGGCGAUAAACCAGAACUUUGGGAUUUCUCCAAGCAAGAUGAUGCGGAUAUUGUAGUGAUCAACCUGGGGACUAAUGACAGUAAUGGGGCGAUCAAUGUUACUAGUUCUGAAUACGUCGCUCAGUAUACCUUACUGAUUGAGGGUAUUCAUGCUGUCUGGCCCAAUGCUCAAAUAAUUCUGAUGUCUCUCUGGGAGGGUUUCUUUGCCUAUGGAAAUUCUUACGCGCAAGCUCAAGGAUUUGCCUCUGAAAUUCACAACAUAUAUCAAUAUUUCAACUCCAAGGAAUACUUGUCCAAUCCAACAUUGUACAAUCCGCAUACCAAUUCCACUUAUUCGUCCCAUCGACCUUCUGCUCCAUUCGUAUCUUAUUUCAACACCACCGGCUUGAUGCAACACAAUGAUAUUGGGCCAGCGUACCACCCAACUGAUGUGGGGCAUAUCAAGGUUGCGAGUCAUCUGAUACAGUAUGCGAGAAUGAAAUUUGGUUGGGAAUUGUAUGCAACUGGUCCGGAAGUAUUUCACGAUACCCUUUACUGGAACGACAACCAAAGCUAUUGA